ACUGAAUCGUCCUCUCAUGCUCCCGUCUUCACUUUCACUUACAUCUGUCCGGCCAUGCACUCGCUAACAGGGCUUGUCAAGAGGUAUUGGAGACAACCUGUCUCACUACUUCUCGGUCUCGCCCACCAAAGUGGUUCUCUAUCCGACCGGCGUCGAUCGGGUCAUCGAAGAAGGAAGCGAAGCUACCGAGAACAACAUCCCUCCGGCUGUCCUCAGAGUCAUUGUCAAGCUUCAGCUUUUGCAUGCCCUGGAACCUGACGAGGCGUUGGGCGCCAGCGUCGUCAUCGAGCUGCUGGUUAAGGAGUUUGUGAUGUUUCCAAGCGGAGUGGUUGAGGAAUCAACCUCUGUGCUGACUAGUGCAAGGCUCGAUGUCGACAUAGCAAAAUUGAACAAGGGAGACGUAGCGACGUACGAAGUCGCCCUCACUAUUGACCAUACCUCGCCUCCCUAUGAACGGUGUAGGUGGGGACGGAUCAAUCAUCUGGUCCGUGCCGAGCUGCAGUUACCCAAUAGCAAAGGUCAGACCGUUGAAAAAGGCUUUACACUAAACACUCUUCCCCGGACAAUCACAACAAACGACUAUUCGCGGACUCAUCGCUCUUUUUCUGAGCUUCUCGGACCCGUCAUACUCCACGUCUGCUCACUGCAUCUCACCGUUGGCGGGUUCCUACACAUCGGUAUCUCGCUCCCCAGCCCCGCUCCGAACGUUCGCCUAGUCUGUAUCACACUGAGCAUCGUUCAAAAGACACGACUGGCUAGUCGGAAGCGUCCCGGCCACGAGGAAGAUUGCCCCGAAAAGACUGUGGAAUUCCACCGGGUUGAAGGAUCUGAGCUCGAUCGUUUCAUGGGCAAAGACGAAAGGGCAGAAGCGUGGAUUGCUCGGUUGCCCCACGACAAUGACGUGAGACCGACUACGAUUUCAAGUAGUCAGACACCCAUCCGCGUUAGCCACCGCCUCGAGGUCAAGAUGAUCUUUGAGGAGAGCGAUGACGGUCCUGACGAAGAAAGCAAAGUCGGAAAAAAGAAGAAGCCGCAAAAGGUCUAUCUCGCCGCUUGGCCCAUCCAUCUGGUGUCUUGCUGCUGUAUCUGGAACUCGCUUCUGUUGCCGCCCUACUCGGACGAAGAUCCACUUGAUUCCGAAAAGAUCCGAACUUCGGGACUGCAAUUGCAACCAGAAAAUGGAAGACUUGCUCAAUUUAGAGAAAGAACUUGACGAGAAAAGUGGACAAGACACGGUCAAAGAGCUGUGGCAGCUGAUCAAGCCUAUCUGCUGCAACUCCAUAGCCAGCAACAACAGUAACAGCAGCAGCACC